AUGGUAAAGAAUGCGUAUGGCAUGCUCGUCUUCAUUGGCUGGGGUAUAAAGGAGUAUCACAACACAAAGAUCACAGCAGCACAGCAGCUGCUGCCUCACACACAGCUGACAGUGGAUGUGAAACUGACAGAUCUCAGCCGAACAGUCGCUGAACUUUCCAACCUGGUGAAAAACCAACUGGUGAAAAGCACCUCACACAGCACCGGGAAUGGAUCCAUCCCAGAUGAUGAAAUGGAUGCAUCCUGGCCUAUGUCAGAGUUACCAGCACAGUGCAUGUCCGGCCCAUUGGAACCAACAGCCUGUCAGACAUUUCUGCAGUAUGGUGAAACACCCUGUCAAUGUACACUGGCUGCUGCACAACACAAGGAUUACACUGCCCCCUCCAUCCACAAGUCCAGUCAGCAUCUAUCCCACUAUGACAUGCCCAUUUCGAAAACCAUGGCAGGACACCCCCAGCAGGUCACUGAGGCCAUGGGAAAUGAGCAGGAUUGGAUCAGAGCAAGAGUGGGGCAGCCUGCAGCGAGUCACGGAGGAGAAGCCAAAAGUGACAUUUCCCUCCACCCAGAGACAUCCUCACGCAAGAGGAAGAGGCCAGUGACGGAGGACAGUCAGACAGCGCAGCUGGUCGAAUGUGGAUCCCACCAUGUGAAUUCCCAAGGCACCCUGGCACAGGAAGUGGGAGGGUCCGGGAUUGGGAAGCAGUCAGGGAUUCAGGAAGGGUCAACGGUCAGAUCAAGGUCAGGGGUCAGUGCUGGGACAGGGUCAGGAGAGGAGCCAGGACGCUGGCCCACAACAGCGGAUCCCGAAGAUGUUCGGAGAGACAUCCAGAGCGGCUUUGGCCAAAUCCACACUGACCUCAUUGUGUUACAGCACUUCAUACAGAGUGGCUGUGAGCAUCUGAUUGAGCAAGCCUCCAGCCUCAUCAAUCUGCUGAUGACACUCCUGCAGCAGUUCACUCCUUGCACUCUCCACAAUACCAGCAGCACCAGCAGCUCCAGCAGCUUGAGGGCACAGAGCUGA